AUGCUGAAGUUUACAAGGGUUGUUUGCCCGCGCCUUAAUAAAGGUACUCCAAGUGAGCAGGACCAAAGCUUCCUAUGUGAAAUUGGUACUAUAGCACAUGUAGACCAUCCUAAUACUGCAAGGAUGGUUAACUAUAGAGUGGAAGGACGCACAUAUCUUGUUCUUCAGUUAUCUUCUCAAGGAAGCUUAGGAUCACUUAGUCAUGGCUCAAGGGAUAAGCUAGAUUGGGCCGCCAGGUACAAAAUAAUUUUUGGAAUAGCACAUGGUCUACUUUAUCUUCAUGAGAAUUGCCAAAGGUGGAUUGUACCCAGUGAUAUCAAAGCUGAUAAUAUUCUACUUACGGAAGAUUUUGUGCCUCAGGCUACCGCUGGUGUUACUAUUCCGGGCGGAGGUUCACAGACUAGGGUUGGGGCGCAGACCUCUGAACAGAUACCCACUCGAGUAGCCCACCCCGCUGUAGCUGUGGCUCCCCAGAUUGAUGCAGUGCCGGCCUCGAGAGAUGAUCUUAGACCCAUGGUGGGCCCUGUUAUGACCUUAACUGAUCCGGAUCUAGUUGGGAGGUUUAGAAAGUUGGAGUCGCCGAGGUUCUCAGCUCUUUUGAUUCCUACUGAGCCUGACAAGAUUUGGCGCUUUGUUGGUGGGCUUGUUGGUUCUCUUCAGAUUUCGUGCCUUCAUAUGGAGGCUAUAGGGGCUUCUUUCCAGUCCAUCGUUGAGCAUGCUUCUUUACUUGAGGCUGCUAAGGCCCGUGCAUUUGGAGAGGGUAAUGAGAAGAGGCAGUGA